AUGGAAGACCCAAGGAAUGGAUCCCAACCGGGUACUCACGUCUCAGGACAGUCAAUGAGAACACAGUAUCAUGACCCUGUCUCUGUUCGUCGAUGGGCUGCAUCCAGCGCAGCAGGAUGGGACCCCUCUUUUCACUUCCCAGCCGGACAUUAUGGCGAUGACAAUAUGCCUCUGGUACCUUCUACCGAGGAUAGUAUGCAGACGACUACGCAUCUAAAUGUGCUACAAAGUCACGUGCAAACCUCGUAUGGCUGCGAUCAAUUAUCAAGCCUCGAGUUCGUUGAAUCUGAUUCUGCUCCCAAUGGAAUCCACUAUAUCCCGCAACAUUAUUCAAAUGCUCUGAAUGGACUGGACAUGGACGCUCCCCACGUCGCUAAUGGAUCAUAUGAGCAUGCAAAUGUGUACAUUGAAAAUGGCGCUGCCUUUCCCACGCCGCCAACUGAUGACCUGUCUUUGUUUGAACCUAUUGGAGCUCCUGCUAUGUGCCGCCAGGCGAGUAGUCAAGGCUUUCCGGAUUAUUCAACCGAAUGGAGCAGUCAGGACUCUCCUCCAGGAUCUGAGAGUGUACCUAUUACCCAAGGAUAUCCCAAUAUGCAGUCUGUUUGCAUGAGUCCGACUUCCAAUGUGGGGUCUCUGCCUUCACACAGCCACAUGGAUACUCCUCUAUCAAUGGCAAUACUGGAUGACGCAAACUGGCAAAUGAUCGAUGGUCAUGGCCCAGGAGCAAAUGAAGGUCUUUUACCUGUACCUUCGGAAAACCUACAAUUACCCCCCACCACGUAUCCUUGCGAUCAAAGCACCAUCAAGGCCCAUGAAGCAAUGUCCAGGCCCAGGAUUCCGGAUAUGGAUUAUUGGCAACAGAUGCACACUGAGAUGCCGUAUCCAAACUACAUGGGAGCCCAAUACAAUCUUUCUUCGUCUUCGCGGCGUCCAAGCGAUGGGGAACCCACUGUCACUGCUCGGAAGCAUCCGCUUUACCAAGCCCAACCCAGAUCUGAUGGCCUUUACCAUUGCCCGCAUGAACGUGAAGCCCACGGACUCCAUGGCCAUGGAGAGAAGCCUUUCGCGUGCUAUUUCCCGGACUGUGAGCGUGCUCAACCAGGCCAAGGGUUUCCUAGAUCAUGGAAUUUGCGUGACCACAUGAGAAGAGUCCAUAACUAUGUCAUUCCAGGGAACUCUCCAUCUAAUGACUAUCCCUCUCCAGCAAGCUCGCCAGAAACCAACUUGCCCAUCCGAAGGAAGAAGAGCCCGGAGGUCAGCGCCAGUGCUGGUGUGAAGAAAUCCAAGACUGGAAACUCCGCCAAGCCCUCCAAAAAGGAAUCCAAUCACUCUCACCUGGAAUCUAAACGGGAUGAAUAUCUUUCCCUCAAGGCUUAUAUUGAUCGGACUUAUGCCAGUCUAGACCCAAUGGAUGCCGCGGCAACAGAACGCUAUCAUGGGGAUCAGGUAAAGCUGAUGGCAAUUUCCAAGGAACUCCGGAAGAAGAAUGCUUCUUAA